AUGACGACCGCAAACGUUUUUGUUCACGUCUCACCCAAGCCGGGCAAAGAAGCCCGGAUUGCCGAAUUAGGAGACUACGUCCUCGACCAAGUCAAGGCCCACGAACCGUGGGUUUCGAUGUAUCGAGUUUACUCUGCCAAAAGUCUCGAGGGGGACCUGGUGCACUAUUUCAUUGAAUUUCGGUACGGACGAAUUCGAGUCGUUUGA